AUGCCGCAGCACCUGUUGGGAGUUGUAGUCCGCGUGCUGGCCAGCACCAAUCAAAUGUGGAACUACAACUCCCGGCAGGCGCAGCGCGUGCAGGCAGACACCGAGGACGGGCCACGAUCGGGGGUCAGGGAGGAGCGUGACCCGGCGCUGUCUGCUAGCUGCUUCUCCUGCUCGCUCACCUCCGGGGAGGCGAACCCCUUACUGGAGAGAGAAAGUUGGAACUAUGGCUCGGCGGUUCAAGGCUCUUGUUUACAAAGCCUGCAGCCCCUGCUUCAAUUCCUCAGCACCCACGCACAGCUGGAUGCAUACACCUAUUUUGAGAUCAGGAGUGAGAAUGAAGUGAACCCAAAGCAGGAGAUUAGUGAAGAUGUGGAGUUUGGCACUACAGCUGAAAGACCCGUGGGGAAUGCUGAGGAAAAUCCUGAAGGUGAAGAGGCCUUUGAAAGUGGGGAAAAGCCAGAAAGACAGUGGGGAGAUUUGACAGCAGAAGAGUGGGUUAGCUACCCUCUCCAACAAGUCACUGAUCUGCUCGUCCACAAAGAAGUCCACACAGGCAUUCGAUAUCACAUAUGUUCUCAUUGUGGAAAGGCCUUCAGUCAGAUUUCAGACCUUAAUCGACACCUGAAAACUCACAAGGCAGACAAACCCCGUAAAUGUUCCGAGUGUGGAAAGGGCUCAGCCAUCGCUCCCACCUUCUUCAGCACCCGAGAGUGCACAAUGGGGAGCAGGCAUGUGACUGUAGUGAGUGUGGGGAAAGUUUUGGAAGGAGCUCCUACCUUAUUCAGUGUCAGACAUCUGGGUGAGAAGCCUCACAAAUGCAAUGAGUGUGAGAAAAGCUUCUGCCACAUUUCUUACCUCAUCCAGCACCAAAGGGCCCACAAUGGGGAGAAACCAUACGAGUGUGAGGAAUGUGGGAAAAGCUUCAGCCGAAGCUCCCACCUGUCCCAGCACCAGAGGACACACGCGGGUGACAAUCUUCAUGAGUGUAAGGAGGGCGGACAGGGCUUCAGCGACAGCUCUGAUCUCAUCAAGCACUAUCUCAUCCCAAGUGUGAUGAGUGUGGGAAGAGUUUCGGUCAGAGCUCUGAACUGGUAGGACACCGCAGAGCCUACACGGGAGAAAAGCCGAACCGCUGUAACAAAUGUGGGGAGAGCUUUAGCCACAUUUCAGCUCUGGUUCAGCAGGAGAGGGCCCACACUGGAGAGAAGCCCUAUGAAUGCCCCAU